UUUUGGCCCGAUCCGAAAAUGACCCGAAAAUCCCGCAUGACCGCGUCUGAAUUAACGGAUUUUGGCUUGUCAAUUAAGCUCAAGGCCUGGCCUGACCAGGUGCUUUAGCCUAAAACAACCACUUUUUUACCAAAGCCCGACCCGACCCGGUCCAUGAUCACUUAUAGCGUUGUAUGAAACUACACUAUCAAAACAAUAAGGUUUACACUAUACUAUAUUCUUUCAACAAAUUGACUCAUUACACGUGUACAAAAAAUCCUUGCAAUACACAUUCUGAAAACUAGUAAGAGUUAUAUGAAGACUGAUGGAGUUAUCAGUAAUAUUAUGGAUAAUAAAGAUAUGAUAAUAUCUUUAGAAUAUAUUAUUAUUUUAGGAAAAUACUUCCAUAAGAAUAAUUCAAAUAAGUUUUUGAUUAAUAUUACACUAUUACGUAAAAGAUACCUUUUAGAGAUAUUUUCCUAGUAGGAGUCCAUGCGUAUUCAUAUAUAUAUAUUUUACUUAUGGUUCAUUGUCAAACACACAUAACGCACAUCAAUAUAAUAUACUCUUACUAUUUUAUGCUUCUCCCAAAACUUAACAUAAUAUCAAAGCCUUGCAAAGUUUUGGAUUGAUCCGGUUCUUCCGUAUAAAAAAUUAAGUGCCGGUAGGGGUUCAUGAAGAUCCACUGGCAGGACCGAAUUUACCUAUAUUAAAGUACUUCUUACUUAUCACCGGCUAGAUUCUUCCUCAAAUUUUUAUUUUCUUCUAUUCCUCUUAUGAUUUAUUUCCAUGGUGUGAUCUCGAAAUUGGUUUGGCUCUCUGGUUUGAUAUAUGUUUCCCCUGCUUGUUGGGUUAGUGGGUUUGUUAUUCGUGAAGCUACACAAUACGUUGUUAAAAUAAGGCUAAUGAUUUUCCUUGCUUUCAUUAAAUUCACACUUAACAUUAUAUACACCCUAAUCACAGUAAGGCUUUUAAGCCCAUCAAUCUACUUAUAAUACAUCAUUAAAUACAACAAGACAUUGGGCCUAAUGCUGCCUCUUAAGUUGAAGCAUGUAGGUCACAAAUGCCACUUGCAUAACAAGUGUAAAAAAUUGACGUUUACCAAGUGCCUUAGUGAAAACAUUGGCAAGUUGCGUAUAGUAGCAACAUGAUGCGUAGUAAUGAGGACCACCUGCAAGGCGUCGCGAACCUAAUGAUAAUCAACUUUAAUGUGUUUGCUACGCUCAUGAAACACUGGAUUCUAGGCGAUGUGAAGAGCAGACCGGCUAUCACAAUAAAGGGACAUUGCACGAGGUUGGUUAACACCCAAACUCUCGAGAAGAGCUUUCAAUCGUUUCAAUUCUGAAGUAACAUCUGCCAUCGAUCGAUACUCAUCCUCCGUAGAGGACCGAGAGACGGUUUGUUGCUUCUUAGUUUUCUAAGAGGUAGGAGAACAACCAAGAAACACAAUUCACCAUGUGAGAACGAAGAGUCAACGGGCAACUAGCCCAGUCAGAGUCACACCAACCCAACAAAGAAAAAUCACAAUCCGCACCAAGAAGAAUGCCCUGGUCGGGAUACCCUUUGAGGUAACGAACGACGCGGAGGGCAGCCUCCCAAUGCUCCUGUCGGGGAUCCUGCAUGAACUCAGCAAAAAUAUGAACACCAUAGGUCAAAUCAGGCGAGUGAAAGAAAGAUAAAUGAGACGGCCGACCAGAAGACGAUAAGAAGCAAGAUUAGACCGCUAACAUGGCAAGAGUGUGAUUCUGCUUAAUCGGGAAAGCGGCGGGCUUAGCACCCAUGAGACCAGUCUCGGAGAUGAUGUCCAAAGUAUACUUGCGCUGACAUAAAAAUAAGCCCCCAGGCCCCCCGAGCAACCACUAUACAAAGGAAAUACUUCAAAGCACCCAAAUCCUUCAUAUAAAAACAAUCACCCAAAUAGGUCUUGAAGGUCGAAAUAGCAGCAGAAUCAUUACUGGAGAUGAUGAGGUCAUCAACAUAAAUGAGCACAUAAAGGUGAACACAACCUUGGUUGAGAGUGAAUAAUGAGUAAUCAGAGUAGCACUGAACAAAGCCAUAGCCAAUAGGGAAGCAGUAAGCUUUGUAAAUCAACACUUAGGCUUGACGAAGUCCAUAAAGAGACUUUUUCAAAUGACAAACCAUACCAGGCUUUGGAGGAGUGAAGCCAAGUGAAAGUCUCAUGUACACCUCUUCAUCCAAAUCCCCAUGAAGAAAAGCUUUAUGCACAUCUGAUGAAGCUUCCAGUUUUUAGCAGUAACAAUAGCAAGGAAGGUGCGGACAGUAACCAUCUUACCCACGGGAGCAAAAGUUUCAUUAUAGUCAAUCCUUUCCACCUGAUGAUUACGAAACACAACUAACCUUGCCUUUACAUGUUCCACAGAGCCAUCAGAAUGAUAGUUAACUUUGUAAACCCAUUUACAACCAAGCGCCUUAUGACCAGGGGGAAGAGUAUCCAUCUCCCAAGUUGCAUUGUCCUCCAAAGCACCUAUUUCUUUUUGCAUAAAUUCACACCAACCAGGAACCUGCAUAGCCUCAUUAAAAUAGCGAGGUUCAACCUUGGAAGUAACUGUUGCAAGAAUAAGACAGUGUCGCACAAAAAAUUUAUCACAAUUCACAAAGUGUGCUAAAGGGUAAGGAAUACCUGAGGAUCCCGAUGAAGAAGAUAAAGACGAAGAUGGACUCGUUUUCCGUUCAGUAUUAGUAAGAAAAUCUCGCAGCAACACAAAUGGCCUUUUAUAUAAUCCGCGCCCAAGACUGAAGGAGUCAUUAGCAAUGGAGUCAUGGUCAUCAAUAGGGGGUGGCUGGUCCAAAGGGCAGACAUAUGCUAAAAAAUGGGCCGGCCCACGUGUGUAGUAGAGGUAGAAUGCGGGGGAUUUGUGGGAGGUAUGGGGGGUACUGGGCUCGGUAAAGGAAGAAAGAGAAAUAGUGGAUUUGGGAGGGUGGGGGUGUGAAGUAACACGGGGCCUAAGAGGCUCCUCAUUCCUAAUAGAUGGACUGGAGCUCGGCCCAAUGGCUCCCUCAAUAGGGGAGGGUGGCGCAUCAUCCAAAACAAGCCGAGGAUGUUGGCUAAACAAUUCAGCAUCAUCACCCAAAUCAUUAGGAGCAUAACCAACUUCACGCAAGUCAAACGAAAAUUAAUUUUCGUGAAAUUGAACAUUCCUAAACACAAAAAAAUCCCCGGUUGUAAGAUCAUAUAAUUUCCACCCUUUUUUACCCAUUAGGAUACCCAACAAAGAUACAUCGACGAAUUCUAUGAGCAAGCUUAUCACCCUUGACACAUUAAUUAUGAGCAAAACAAAGGCAACCAAACACAUAUAACACAUCAAAGGAUGGAGAUUUUCCCGUAAGCACCUCAUAAGGAGUCAAACAAUUCAACAUAAUUGAGGGGAGUUAUAUUGAUAAUAUAAACAGCAUCAAGAACACAUUCACCCCAAAAAAGAAACAGGAAGGUGAGCUUGAAACAUUAAAGCCUUACUAGCAUUCAAGAUAUGUUGAUGUUUGCAUUCUACCUUCCCAUUUUGUUGGGGAGUGCCCACACUCGAGGUUUGAAAUAAAAUGCUAUUGGUCUCCAAAUAGUCAAAUUAUCAAUUAAAUUCAGUUAUAUUAUUAGCGCACACAAUUUCGACUGUGGUUUCAAACUGACGAGUAAUCAUGGCAAAGAAAGACAUAAAAGCACCCUGAACCUCCUUUUUAUUUCUCAAAAAAUACACCCAAAUCGCAUGAGAGAAAUCAUCCACCAAAGUAAGAAAAUAAAUAGCAUCACAAGAGGAGUGCGUGUUAUAUGGUCUCGAUAAAUCACAAUGAAUAAGGUCAAAAAUCCAAGGGGCUUUAUUAUCACUAGUAGGGAAAUAAUCAUGAGCUUGUUUAGCUUGAGGAGACACAAUAAAAGCUUUAUUUGAUUUCUUCCUAGUAGAACUAGAACUAAUAGCAGGAACCAACUUGAUAACACGAUCCAAAGCAUGCCCUAAUCAUCGAUGCCAUAGCUCAAAUUCGGAUAAGCUAGGAACAGUCACCGUUUGCAUAGAAGGAAUGCUAUAAAAAAGUAGAGUCCAUCACGCGGCUCACCUUCUCCAAUCAGGGUCCUCGAGCGUUGGUCUUGUAUAGCAGAAAACCAAGUGAAUUUGAAGUGACAAUUAGAGUCAUCAAUGAGUUGCGACACGGAAAUGAACUUGCAAUUAAGUUGAGGGACAUAGAAAACAUGAGAAAGAGUGAGGCCAUCAGUGAGAGUGACAUGACCCUCCAUAGUAGCAAGAGCACGAGUAUCGUCUGGUAAACCAACAGGACAUUCAACAAUUGAGGUAACAUGUGUGAAACACGUGAGAUCAUAAGUAACAUAAUGCGGAGCCCCCGUGUCAAUAAUCCAUUGGCUAGAGAAAGUCUUACCCGUCAUACGAUCACCUUUAGAUGUCUCAUUAUUUAUCAAAUGCAUAAGGGCUUCAACCUGUGUUGGAAUCAAGUCAACAAGGGGAACAUGCCUGGUGGAGUUAGGAGAGCUGCCAACAUCGAUUAACACUGCGUGAGUAGUGACGGUGGCGCCACGGCUAUGAGGCUCAGCAGCAGCCCUUGCGGAGGAUGAAUCGGCAGUAGCAACAAGGGGUCUUAGCAGACCCGAAUUUUUGAUUAGCCGACGCACCACGACAAAACUUCUCCUCCCACCACGCAUGUUUGCCAUAGAGCUAGAAACACGUCGCUACCUCGUGGCCGGAGUGCUUACAAUGAGAGAAGCAAGUCGAACUCGAUCCGUACCAUCAAACCGGGCUGACUACUGUCAGUUUGCAAAGCGAAGGCAUGAACCUCCUCCUUAAUAGCUUUCCCACAAGCUAUAUCCCUCAAGCGCUCCUCUUGAGUGAGGGUCUGAUAAAUGCGAUCUAAAUCAGCAGGAGGAGAUUGAGAGAAUAUUAAAGUGUGUUGUGCCAUAUAAGUCAUCGGCGAAACCAAUUAGAAACUAGUGGAUCUCCUCCUCGUCGCGGUCCGCGAUAAAUUUGCCGGCGACAUCACACGUGCAUUAUAUACAAACGCAACCAUGAAGAGGUUUUAGACGAUUAAGUUCGUCAUGUAAACCCAUUAACUUAGUGAAAUACUCCUCAAUAGACAUGGAACGCUAUUGUUUACAAUCAACAAUGGCCGCUCGUAAUUGUUGGAGUUGAGGGCCGUUAGUGACACAAAAUCGAUUCUCCAAGUACUCCCACAAGCGCUUAGCAUCAUCAUAAAACGGGAUGGAUGAGGCAAGCUUCGAGUCUAUACUAUGUAAAAGCCAGGAAACCAACAUAGAGUAAACAAUUUCCCAAUCUAAAAUCUUCUUCUUCUCCGUAGGUUUGGUGAUGGUUCCAUCUACAAAAACAAACUUCCUUCGAGAGGGCCAAAGUAAUGGUGCGGGCCCAUGUUGCGUAAUUAUCGCCAGUGAAAAUAACAUGAGUGAUCAAAUUUCCGGGUUGAUCUCCCGAGCCAAGGUAAUACAGUGAAGCAGGGUUAAUUUUGUCAUCAUCUGUCAUGGUGAACUAACCACGCAAUUGGCACAUAGAGUGGUUGACGGAAGAAAGAAAAUAUAACGGCUGAGGUGAGGUUAAACGGAGGAGAGCUCCGAUACCAUGUUAAAAUAGGGUUAAUGAUUUUCCUUGCUUUCAUUAAAUUCACACUUAGCAUUAUAUACACCCUAAUCACAAUAAGGCUUUUAAGCCCAUCAAGCUACAUACAAUACAUCAUUAAAUACAACAAUACAUUAGGCCUAAUAUACGUGUUUAUGAGUGGUGACUGUUUUUUUAGUUCUUGGGAUUACCUGCUUUCUUGUCUUGAUGAGUGGCUUUUGUGUCACAAACCAUAAUUUGCUUCGCGGUAAGUGUUAACAAAAAAAAUUAGGCUUCCCCUAUGUCGUGAUAAAAGGCUUAUUGUCUUGUAGCUUCUUGUAACGUGAGACAAGGUCUAUUGGUUCUACACGUAGCGUGAAACAGAGUUUGGUUCUCCUUGUGCCAUGAGAUAGGGUUAAUGUGCUGUGAACGUGGUUUUGCUAAGAAAAAGCAAUAUCUGAUGAGAGCUCGACUUUUCUCAAGAAAAGUGAAUAAAUGUGGGCGUGAUUAUGCUCUAGGAAUGGGUUCGAAAAGAAUGUCGUUCCCGUUUUCUUAAAAUAAUUGGGUUUUUGAAAAAGAACGACGUUCUCAUCAAGAAGAAGAAGAAGAAGAAAAAAUUGGCAGAUUAAAAAAGAUUAUAUGGUUUGCUCAUCAAUAUAUCUAUUUGAUCUUAAUUUUAAUGUUUAUUUUAUGUCACCAAUCAUAAUGUUCGUGUUACUACCGUUGCGAUUGCGGGAGCUUAAUAGGAAUAUCAAGGAUAAACAGAGGUACUUUUAUUAUCUAUGCUGUGAUUAAUGCAGCGGCAAUCAUCUUUGUUGUGAUGGUUGUACCUGAAACAAAGGGAAGAAGUCUAGAGCAAAUUCAGGCAGACAUUAAUGCUUAGGUUAGAGAGAAAACACACACCAUAUUACGAUCAAUCGUGAUGAUCAGACGAAUCAAGACUUUUCAAAAAUAGAAUCGGGCUUAACAACUUGUCUAACUAUUUUUCUUAAAAAUUACUAUGUUUAUCAAAAAAAUUGUAAAGGAGAUUGAUAUCCAUGACUUGUAAGUUUAUUUAGAUAAAGUAUACGAGAUUUCAAGAUAAUAUAACUUUUUUUUAAGGAUGACAAGCAUUUUACUUGCUUGACGAUGCUUACAUGGUGAACGAUAAAGGGUGUUGCAUUGUCCAUCUUGCUAUUAGGGUCAUUAGUAAAUUUUUCUUUGGGAGUUUGCUAUCUGGUUUUCCAGUACACUAUCUGGAGUCUUUUUUUAUUGUUAGUGAUUAGAAUUUGAGAUAAUGUCACUUCUUUGGGGCAAGGGGCUUGGAACUAGAGCAGAUUUAGGUGUUAGAAAAGGCCGUAAUCCAAAUGGAUAAUGAGAGUCCGGAAAGGAAGAUGCGAAAAGAAUUCCUCCAUACCUUAAAGGUUGUAAUUCCUUAUGCUUAUUAUAUCCAAGUGGUAAUUUUGAUCUCCUAGGAUAUACAAGUGCAGAUUAUGUCAGAGAUCUGAUAAACUAGAAACUACUUCAGGUAUGAUCAAAUAUCUUGGGCUUCCAAAGAGCAAAACAUUAUUGCCUUUAAUGCUUUAUAUACUAUACAUUGCUGAAGCUGAGUAUGUCUCGACCCAAAGGGAUUUUAAACAGAAUUCAUUCACUAAUACUAGGUAAAAAGAGAAAAAAAUAGAACGAUGAGAGAGAAAGAGAAAAAAAGAUGAGAGAGAAGGCGAAAACCAACUUUCCCAAAUUCUUCCCCCCAAAUCAACAAACCCUAGAUUUCCAUCUCUGCAAAUUCAUCCUAAUUCACCUACUUCUUGUGGCAGGCAUAGAUAUCAUUAUGCCAAGAUAUUAAUUAUGAUUCUCCUAAGUGUAAUCUGCUCAUUAGUUACUUCUCUCCCGAGUUUUCGGCUUGGGGUGUGCAGUUUGGGAGAUGAAAGGUUUGGUAAGGAAAUCGUCCUUUCCUCUUCCCCAAAUCAAUUAACUCAACUGCCUUUUGUUAAGUCUAAUCAUUUCUGGGUGAGCUGUUCCUCACUUCUCUUCCAAAGAUCUGAGGGUCGAAAAUUUUAUGAGUUAGGUUUUCUCCCUUUCAAGUACAAAAGGAAAUCUAAAAUUAGGGAUUUUGAGUUGGGAGCAUUAAAUGUUAGGUUUUUAAUCGCCUUUGGAGUGGAGUGUAUUACUCUAUCGUCUGGUAAUUCAAUGCGUGUUCAGGUGAAGGAAGUGUUCAUUAAGGGUAUUGCAUUUAAUGCAAUGGUGGGCUCGAGAUUUUUUCUGCAGAACUCCUUUCCCUCUUUUAGAGGGGCUGGUAAGUAUCAAACCUCCUAUAUAAAUACGACUUGGUUCUAUCACUCUGGUAUCCUUGAAUUGUGUUUACACAUUCUUUCGUAUUCCUUUGAUUAUCAAAAGUGUUCUCUUUAUUUUGUUGUUUACAUUAUGGAACCUCCCUCCUCUUUUAAAGAUGUUCUUCUUUCAUCUUCUAAUGUUUCUAAUAAUGCAACGUUGGCUGAGAAUGUCUUGAGUGUGGCUGGUGCCUCUGCCUCUCUUGCGGGGCCUGUUGUUGGAGAUGCUUUGGUGGCGGACCCUGUUGUGCCUCAGUUUGCUUCGGCUUCUGUGGUGCUGGAUGAGCUUCCUCAGGUAAAGCAGGAUAUUGUGGAACUCUCAAAAUCUUGCUUGAUAGGUAAAAUGCUUAGUUCUUCUAUUGAUACACGUACCAUUAUUUCUCGUACUAAAGCUGACUGGAAAUUUGUAAAAGGUGAGGUUGAGUAUCUUGAAAUGGGCAAUGGGUGGCUCAUGCUAAAGUUUUCUAAUCCUGGUGACCUCUCACUGGUAUGGAGUGAGAGGCCCUGGCAUGUUCAGGGGGAUAUUUUUGUGAUUUACCCUUGGCGUCCCUCUUUUGAUCCUUAUCUUGAGGAGAUAAAGUGGGUAGACUUGUGGAUUCGUAUUCCUCGGCUUCCUGCUGAGCUGCUUAAUUUUGAUUCAGUUGCUAGUUUGUUAUCUGCUAAUGGUAUAGGUGCUUUGAUCAAACUUGAUCCUAGGUCUUUGUAAAGGCAUAAGAUCAGGUUUGCUCGUGCUUGUGUGCGAGUGGACAUAAAAUCCCCUCUUUUAGAAUUUGCUGAGGUAUGUAGACAUGGUGAUCUGGUUCAAGGUUAUGUCAUUUGGUAUGAAGAUUUUUCUUCAGGAUGUUCUUUUUGUGGGUCUGAAGAUCAUAUUAUUGACUGUUGUCCUUUGUUAGUCUCCCCUAAAAAGGAGAUGAAAGUCCGGCUGAUGAAAAAUCCAAAGCAAAAGUGUCUGUUUGAUAAUCUAGCUAAAGCUGGCCAAGCUAACCUUGUUUCUACUGCUGAGCAAGCAAAUGUAGUACAAGCACAGGCUAAGCAUAUAGCUAAUCCUUCCCUGAGCAAAGCUGGUAAGAAAUUUGUCCCUCCCAAAAAAAGAUUUAAUCCUGUCCGAGCUGGGUCCAAGAAAAAUGUUGUUUUAUCUGAAGGAGUUGAUGAUUCCCACCCUCUUGUGGGUAUCCCUGAGUCUGGUCCUGUAAAUGUAAGCAAAGGUGUUGUUAUUAAGGAACCUGCUGAGGUUCCUAAGGCUGCUGGUAAGACUGCUGCUAGUUCUUUUCUUCCUGCUAUUCCUGGUAAGACUUUACCUAGAACUGAUACUGCUCUUGAUAAAGGCAAAGGUAAGCUCUGUGUUGCUUCCCCCACUGUUGAGAUUUCCUCUGAUGAUGAGGAUUCUGAGAGGCUUUCCUCUGUGCUCCCUAUCUCUAUGGUGUGCCCCUCUAUGAUUGAGACUGGUGUUGGUGACUUAGGGGAGCUGGAUUUACCCCUGGUCCCCGCUCUUCCUCCUAUCAAAGUAUUUCAUACUUCUCAUCUUUUCUCUGAGUCCUACUAUGAUGAUAUGUUAUGUGAGGAUGAGUUUGCUGCUGCUUUAUCUCCUACUGGGAGCGCUGAAAAAUCUGGAAGUGGGGCUUUCUUUCUUUUUUGCCUCACAAUGAUGAUGAUGAGGUGAGGACCAUUACUGAUAACUCUUUCCAGUCUCUGCAUUCAGACAAUUCAAUUGUGCAGCAAAUUGAGCAGCUGGGGGUUGAUGAAGUUUCCACUAUGGAGCAAACCUCUCAAUCUGAGUCUUCCAAGAGAAAGGUUGAGGAACCAGAGGACGAGAGUGCCUCCUCUUCCCUGAAGAGGCCCAGAACUUAAUCUCUCCAGUUAGUUUGCCAUCAAAAUGGUUUUAGUGCUGGUUUUUUGUUAAUAUUAAAUGAAGAUUGCUAGUUGGAACAUUCGUGGGUGCCGUAGAAAAAAUGCUUUUGAUGAGGUUAGGGAUUUUUGUAAAGCUAACUCUAUUAGUCUUUGUAUGUUAUGCGAGACAAAAUGUAAGUCCCCUCCCUUGAAUCUCUUUGCCCAAAAAUGUGGGUUUAGUUUUUUGGACUAUGUUCCCACCAUUGGUAUGGCGGGUGGUCUAUGGAUAAUGUGGAAAUCUUGCAAUUUGGAUCCUUUUGCAUUGGAUGUUAUAUAUAAAAGUGAUCGUUUUAUUUCA